GGAGCUGGAAGCUGGAUGAAAAGCGUCAGCGGCCAGUGAAAAUCGGUGCGGUGGAACAUGGCGGCGUCCUGCGAAGCACGUUAUAUAUCCACAGCGUGUAACAGAACGCCCGGAUCCCUUUCUUGGGGAAAAAAUGAUUUGAUUUGCUUUGGUGCUUGCAAUAGUGUAGCAAUUUAUGAUCCAAAGGCCGCCAAAAUCACAAAUACAUACUGUCAUCAUAGCGGAAGAGUAAACUCAGUAAGAUGGGCUCAGAGUUCCGAAAGCAGGAGGGAAAAUCUCACAGAUACAGAGAUUGUGUCAGUAUCUUCAGACAAAACUGGUGUGGUCUGGUCAAAGGACGAAAAAGGCAUCUUUCGUCCUUCUGGUGUACUGACAGGACACACUGACGUUGUUACUGUGGUUGAUGCUAUUUACUUGCCAGAUAAUAGCACCAGCAAAUAUCCAGCCCUCUUGGUAGUCACAGGAUCAGCUGAUUCCUCACUGAAAAUAUGGAUCCGCAAUUCUGGGAAUCAGGAAUUAACUUGUAUGGAAACUCUUACUUCUGGAAGUGGUCUUUACCUCAGUAUCAAGCUAUGCCUUCUUCCAAAAGUCAAUAGUCCACUGCUUGCAAUUGCUACAGAUGAUGCAAAAAUUCAUUUGUAUUCUGUAGCUACAGAGCCACCCAUUCUCUGUCAUAUUCAUGCUCUUGUUGGUCAUGAGGAUUGGAUUCGUAGCAUAGACAUAACACUAACAGAUGAUGGAGAUGUUUUGCUGGCCAGUGGAGGUCAAGAUAUGCUCAUCCGAAUAUGGCGCCUGUCCCCUCGAAGUGGAGCAACUAACGUCAGUGCUUUCGAUCGUAGCAAAGAAAUCAAGUUAGAGGAAGAAAUAUUUUCAGUUAAUUCAAAUGGUAUUAUUUCUUACUGGGCAGCAACAGUUGACUCUGUUUUAGCAGGGCAUGAAGGAUGGGUCUACUCAGUGUGUUGGCAUCCAAGAGUUAACAAUGGCUUUGGAAAGGAAGUCCAACCAUUAUCACUUCUCUCAGCAUCUCUUGAUAAAACUAUGGUAAUCUGGGCCCCUGGAUUGGAAAAUGAUGAAGAUAGUGUAUGGUUAGAAAAAGCUCGUUUUGGCGAAGUUGGGGGAAAUACCCUAGGCUUUUAUGGAUGUCAGUUUGCUCCAGACGGUCAUUCUAUUUUAGCUCAUGGUUAUCAAGGAUCAUUCCACUUAUGGCAUCUUGAUUCCGAUACCGAAAGUUGGCAACCUGGUUUGUCAGUUGGUGGUCACUUUGAUGAGGUGACUGACUUGGGUUGGGAACCAGGUGGUAAUUUUGUAAUUAGUGUGUCAUACGACCAGACAAGUCGCCUUCACGCUCCUUGGAUUCAAGAUAAAGGCAAAGUGUCUUGGCAUGAACUCGCAAGGCCUCAGGUUCAUGGUUAUGACAUUCAGUGUCUAGCCAUUUUAUCUCGUUACCAGUAUGCUUCUGGGGCAGAGGAAAAAAUUGUUCGACUUUUUAAAGCUCCUGGCAAUUUUAUUGAAAACUUCCAGAGAAUUUGUGGUGUUCAUGAGAAGAACAUAAAUGAACUUCUUGCUGCAAUGCCAACUGGUGCCUCAGUACCUUCACUUGGGCUCUCAAACAAAGCUAUCUUCAAUGAGGACACUUCAUUGGUUGCAGGAGAGAGCAACCAACCUAAUGAACUUCCAGAAGGAUACUUUACUCCAGUUUGUUUGGCAGAGCCUCCUAAAGAAGAAGAUUUACUCCAGAACACUUUAUGGCCAGAAGUUCAAAAGCUUUAUGGCCAUGGUUAUGAACUGUACAGUCUAGCAGCUUCUCAUGAUGGCAAAAUUCUUGCUUCUGCAUGCAAGGCUUCAUCAAGUCAGCAUGCUGCAAUAAUAUUAUGGGAUGUACAAAACUGGCAGCAACUGCAAAAGUUGCAGUCUCAUGAACUGACAGUCACUCGUUUGGCAUUUUCACCCAAUGACAAGUAUUUACUAAGUGUUUCAAGGGACAGAUGUUGGAGUGUUUUUGAAAAUCAAACAAAUGAUACAGGACCUUGCUUUAAAUUAGUCGCUUCUACAAAUAAAACAACAGGAAUUCACACUCGAAUAAUAUGGUGUUGUGCAUGGACUCAUGAUUCCAAGUUUUUCUCUACUGGAUCACGUGAAGGGAAGAUAGUGAUAUGGGGAGGACAGAGUACAACCAAAGAAGAAGCGGGCCUAGGAUACUGGUCUUCAGCAACAAGUCCUCUAUUGUUAAAAGAGUCUGUGACUAGCUUGUCAUUUGCUCCAAAGAAGAAGUCUGAUGAAUCUUAUUUGUUAGCAGCUGGGCUUGAGAAUGGUCACAUAGUGCUUUACAGUUGGCAACAUCAAAAGGAUGAUCCUUGGUCUUUAAUAAUGUCACUAAAUCGAGACUUGGCCCAUCAUUUAACAGUCAAGCAGCUGGCAUUCCGUCCCCAACUUGGAGAUAUUGGAAACAAGAAAUCACCAACUUUGCUGCUUGCAAGUGCUGGUGCGGACCACAUUGUCAAGAUUCAUUCUAUACCCUUUGAUGGACUUUGACAUGGGCCUGCAUCAAGUUCAUCUCUUGUGAGUGCUUAUUUGUCAACAACUGUGAUGAAAUUGUUUUUAGCUCUUUUGUACUCGUUGAUCAUUGUGAAAAAACAAGAGGCAUAAUAAUUUUUCAAAUUUCAAAAUUUGAUGCUAGUUAACAAGGUAUCUUAAAAUGUCAUAAGAGUAAUAAAUAAAUGAACACUUCUUUGAUUUCAAAAGAUUUGCAUUUAAUUUUGUCCAUGGAACAAAAUUGAAGAAGACAAAGUAUGUAUAUUUAAAUAGGGAUGAAAUGAAGGUAUGAUAAGCUUGUCUGUUUAUAUGAGAUGAAGGCAGUUUUGAACAGGGUUCUAUUCUGAAGCUAUAUGUUAAAAUGGUCCCAACAAGAAAAAGCAUGUACAUCUAGUUUCUGGGAACAUUCACAAUAAAUUACUCCAGUCCACAUUGUACAAA